AUGCUCGAAGUCGCAAACCUAGAGGUGGUCUACAACGAGGUGGUCCUCGUGCUGCGCGGGCUGUCGAUCGAGGUGCCCGAAGGCGGCAUUGUGGCGCUGCUCGGUGCCAACGGAGCGGGCAAGACGACAACGGUGCGCGCCAUCACGGGGCUUCUCGACGUGCACGAGGGCGACAUCACGAAAGGGAUCGUCGAGGCGGGCAUCACCCAAGUGAUGGAAGGUCGGAGGGUCUUCGCCGAGCUCACCGUUGACGAGAACCUCGAAACCGGUGCCUUCACCGUGCGCGACCGCAAGGCCAAUGCCGCCUCCUACUCGCGGGUAAUGGAGCUGUUCCCGCCCCUGCAGCCGCGCCGGCGCCACACGGCCGGGUAUCUGUCGGGCGGUGAGCAGCAGAUGCUGGCCAUAGGGCGCGCUCUGAUGGCCGACCCGAAACUGCUCAUCCUCGAUGAGCCCUCGUUGGGCCUUGCCCCGAUGCUCAUCGAGCAGAUCCGCGACAUCAUCGUCGACAUCAACGCCGACGGCGUGAGCGUCCUGCUGAUCGAGCAGAACGCCAUGAUGGCCCUGUCCAUCGCCGACUACGGCUACGUCAUGGAGUCGGGCAAGAUCGUGAUGGACGGAGAACCCAAGAAGCUGCUCGCCGACGAGGACGUGCAAGAGUUCUACCUCGGCCUUCGCGCCGAGGGCGAGCGCCGGUCGUUCCGGGACGUGAAGCACUACAAGCGGCGCAAGCGCUGGCUGUCAUGA